AUGAAGUCCGCCGCAGCGGCAGCUGCCGCCGACGUCGGCCGCCGCGACGUGCUCGACGCGCUCAAGGUUUGGCUGCUGAACCCGACCGCUGGAGGCGCCGACGACCCGGUCUGUGCCGCCAUGUAUGGAUGGGUUCAGACAGUGGCUCGGGCAUCGGAUGCCGCGCCGCGUAAGGCCUCGCCAUCGCGUAAGAGCGGCGGCGGCGGCGGUGGCGGUGGGAGCAGCAGCAGCAGUCGCACCAGUGCCCGGGAGGCCGCUGCCGCCGCCGCCCUCGACGCCGCCGUCGUCGUCCCGCUCGUCCCGGUCUUUGUGGCGCGGUAUCUUCACGGAUGGGCGACUGGUGCGGCGCUGCCCGGCCUGGAGGCGCUCUUGCUCAUGAUUCACAACAAGGAGGCCGCCCUCCGCGCCUCGGAGCCGCAGCGGAUGACGCUGCCGGUUCUCUCGCGGCCAUCGGUCUUCCACGAUCCGGCUGUCAUGACCGGCGUCGCCGCAGGCGAUGAUGUCGAUGCCUCUGACGCUGCGCCGUUCCCGGUUGCUGUUGACCUCCCGCUCCGCACCACCGCCGAAACGACGUGGACGUCGAUGUCGAUGGUUCUCGCCACUGCGCUUGGGCUUGUCCGCGACGCACUCAUUGCCGGCUCGCUAUCGGGCUCUGCUGUGGAGAUUUUCUGCGAGAUGACUGCUGCAGCAGCGGCCGGCAGCGCUGCAGCUGCCUUUGCCGCCCUUCCGUCCCUCCCACCCUCGCCGCAGGCGUCGGCCGCCGCCGCCGACCACGCCAUGUCACAGCGAGUUAUGAGCUCGGUUCUUGACUCGGACUCGGCUUGGUCCGAGUCCGACUCGGACAGCUUCUUCGACGCCGAGGACGAGCUGCCGAGCCAGGCGACCGGUCUCACUCUGGCGCCUGUCUCUUCGCGGCCCAGCUGUGGCUUUAAGGUCUCGCGGCAGAUGCACGACGCCAUGGUCGCCUGCCUGCACCAUGUCCUCGCCUCGGACAUCCGCAGCGCGCCGUCGCUCCUCGCACCAGCUGCUGCCGCUGUCGACGCGCUCUACCACCGCGCCACCCUCGCCAUGGACUCGCACAAGCUUGUGGCAUGCCUUGCGCUCAAGAAGCUCCGAGACCCGUAG